AUGGCACUGGAACCGAAGGAAAUCGAACUGAAGGCAAAGGCCCUAACGAAGGCCGCAACUCAAAAUGAGCCAGCGGCCAACAUAGUAUCGCUAUUAAAGGAAUUACAACAGGGUGUCAAGGCCUCGGAAGACUUACUGCGAUCCACCCGUGUCGGUAUCAUAGUCAACAAAUUCAAACAACACAAAUCGCCGGAAGUUGCACGCUUAUCGAGUGAGAUUGUCUCCAGAUGGCGAAACGAGGUCAACAAGCAGAAAGCGAGCGGAUCAACAGGGGGAAGUCAACGAUCAAGCGCAUCUCCCCGUCCGCCUCAUAAUGGAACCGCCUCACCUGCCAGUGCGACUCCGUCGGAUAAAGCCUCAAAGCUCUCAGUGCCUCCAGAUAAGAGAACAUGGAAGGCGGACGGAGUUGACACAAACCAAACGGGUAUCAAGGCACGCGACAACUGCAUUGGUCUUAUUUAUGAUGGACUUUGUCUUAACUCGACGGAGCCUCCGAAGGCUGUGCUAUCAAAGGCUGCAGCAGUCGAAGCUGCAGCGUACGACGCCUUCGGGCCUGAAACGAAAGAGGCAUACCGCACCAAGAUCCGCAGUCUAUUCCAGAACCUCAAAAACAAGUCCAACCCAACACUCCGCGUGCGCGUUUUGAGCAACUCCGUCACUCCUGAGCACUUUGUGAAAAUGUCACACGACGAGCUCCGGUCCGACGAACAGCGCGAGAAGGAUGCAAAGAUCCAAAAGGAGAACAUGGACAAGGCCAUGGUAGCCCAGGCCGAGCGCAGUAUCAGUAAAAGCUUGCAGUGCGGAAAAUGUGGUCAACGAAAGGUGACCUAUACUGAGGCACAGACCCGCAGUGCAGAUGAGCCUAUGACAUUGUUCUGCACAUGCUUGAAUUGUGGAAAGUCAUGGCGCCAGUAA